AUGCCUGUUGAUGGUUCUCGAUCAUCUGAAGUCCCUGUUAGAUCAUCGGAUGUUCUGAUCUCCAACAAGUUCAUGAACAGCGCUUUCCAUUCUGAUGAGGUUAUGGAUAAUGAUCAAGCAUCCCAAGAUUCUUGCUACGCUAACAUGCCGGGUGCUGGUUCUGGAUCAUCUCAGGGCCCUUCUGUGUUUGCUGAAUCAUCUCGCGGCCCUUUAGACGUUCUGAGUUUCAAUAAUAUUCAUAAUCAUGAACUUGUUGAGAAUUACAACCGUGAUCUUAGCAAUAUAUUACGAAAGGUGUCAUUCUCCACCAAACAAUUCAUUUACAAUAUGAGUUUAAACCGUAUCAGACCCAUAAGAGCUUAUAGAUGUCUUGUAGCUUUAAAAGGGGGGCAUCACAAUGUCAAUGGGACUCCGAUGGAUUUUAAAAAUUUUAGCCACCAGUUGCGAAUUUUUAUUGGUGAACGCGACGCACAAGUUUUCCUCGAACGCUUGCGUGAGCGCUUUGACAACCUACCCAACUUCUAUUUUGAUUACACUGUAUCAAAUGGGAAGUUGUCUUCUGUAUUCUGGGCUGAUGAGAUUUCAAAGCUAAACUACAAAGCUUUUGGCGAUGUCCUCGCCUUUGACGCGACUUACAACACUAACAGGUACAAGAUGGUUUUUGUGCCAUUCACGGGCGUGGGUCAUCAUUUCCAAUGUAUUACAUUUGGUGCGGGUUUGAUAUCAACCGAGUCUAUUGAAUCUUAUGUGUGGUUGCUUAAGGCUUUCUUGAAGACACACGGUACUCAACCAACUCUCGUGCUGAGUGAUCAAGACCCAUCCAUGCUUCAAGCUGUUCCUAUGGUCUUUACCGAAUCACGCCACCGUCUAUGCAUGUGGCAUAUAAUGAAAAAACUACCCUCCAAGAUCUCUGCGGACCUUCUUGAUAACACUGAUGUUCGGUCCUGCAUUCACCGGUACAACAUCAAACAUCUUUGGGUACCAGCCUACUUCAGGGAACUGCCAAUGUGUUGCUUGAUGAAGACCACUUCACGCUGCGAAAGCUCUAACGCUGCCUUCAGGGUCAACUCAAUAAGCGCAAACACCCUUGUACAAUUUAUGAGGUGCUUUGAAAAUAGGGUAGACAGCCAACGCUAUCGGCAACGUGUAUCCGAGUACAAAACCUCAUCCACGGUGUUCAAGGGCACUACUGAAUUAGCGAUAGAGCAGCACGCGUUCGCCAUUUACACAAACGCUGUUUUCGCGCAAGUUCAAAAGGAGAUAAUUAAAGGGAAGUUUUUAUGCUACAUUACAAACCAAACUGAUUCCAGCAAUACCACUCUUUUGCUAGACGUCACUCAUUUGGACAAAAGGAACAACAUCAUAAACGUCUAUUAG